AGAAAAAAAAAAAAAAAAAAAUCCGACGCCCACUGCAUCUGCAUCUAUGAUUCUCUGCCUUAUCACCUCGCAUCUGGUUCCUCCGCAAAAUCUAUGUCCAGUGUUCACUGAAUCUACCUAAUCACAUGGUCUGAGCUCUGCAUUUUCGCCAAAUCCCUUAAUUACUCUAAUUUCUGGACCUUAUCCCUUAAUUACUCUAAUUUCUGGACCUUUGCUUGAGAGGCGAAGUAAAAAUUAAGAAGAAUAAUGGAUGGAUCCGAAGAAUCCACAAUUGUCUGCGCCACAGCUCCGCUUCUGAUACAUAAAUUACGGAAUCUGCUCAACUAUGAAUCAGAAGUGCCAAUCAGAGAGGCUAUAGAUCAACUAGAAAUGAUAAGCACAGGCCUAAGAGACGCAGAGAAAAUCCCAAAUGACUUAGAUAUCAAUAAUUUGUCCUGGAUAGAGUUUCUGAAAGUGCUACAAGAUUUAGAGGACAGCACCGACAACUUUACUGGGGAAAUAGAGCUACAGCGAAGGAAUAUUUCUCUUAAGAUCAUUUCCCCUCUCAUUUGCUUGAGACCUCAACAGGACCGAACUGGUCUAAUAAGCGAAAAGCUGAACUUGUUUACUACUUCUGCCAAAAAAGUCUUCACGGAACUAGAAAAUCUGGGACCAACAACAGGUACCACCAGUUCUCCUCUUCAUCCAAUACAAACAAGAAAUUUAGAUUAUCCGGUGCCAGAUGAUUCAGACUUUGUUGGUCUCAACGAUAAAGUAGAUGAAGUAGUAAAGCUACUAUGCGACGAAGAGACGCAUGCCAUUGCAGUAACUGGCAAGACAGGCUCUGGCAAGACAUUUCUGACAAAAACAGUUUAUAACGCGACAGAGGUUAAGCGUCAUUUUGACGGCCGUGCUUGGGUCAAUUUCUCUGAAGAUUUUGAAUCUAGAGAAUUUUUAAUAGAUAUCUUGACUCAGCUUACAUGGGACUGGGAGUUCUUGGAUGAAAAUUUAUCUUAUGAAGAGCUGAAAUUGAAGCUACUAAAUUUCUCAAGUAAUAAGCGUUGUCUGAUAGUUGUAGAUGAUUUCCCGACACUCGAAUAUUUUAACAGACUUUUCGAUGUGUGUGGACUCUCAAGUAAAGGGAUUUGGUUAAUGCUCAUUGGUUUCAUGCAAGAUGAAGAACUUGCCUUACUUGAAGUCGGUGCUUGUUUCUGCCACUUAAUCAGAUUACAAAGCUUGACGGAUGAGGAGAGCUGGACUUUGUUCUGUAAGAAGGCACGAAUAGCAGAAGAAGAGGCAACUGAUCUCAAAGAGAAUAUACUGAGAAAAUGUGGUGGUUCACCUCGGGAAAUUCUCAUAAUGGAAGGACUAUUGUCAACUACAAAACGGCCCAGAGUCAUUGAGCUUAAAAUUCAAAAAGGUAUCUUGAAUUUGUGUUAUCAUGACCUUUCUUCUCAGAUGAAAGUUUGUUUUCUUUAUUUUGGGCUCUUCCCCAGAGCUUUUGAGAUCCCAGUACGAAGGUUGUUUCAUCUUUGGGUUGCAGAGGGAUUGGUUAUUACCUUGCCUGCUGAGAAGAAUAUGGAUGUUGCAGAGGAAUGCUUGAAACUGCUAAUAAGAAGAAACCUAAUUGAAGUGACAAAAGUGAGAUUAGAUGGAAGCCCAAAGACAUGUCGUAUGCCAACUACUAUAUGGGAUGUGUUUUCUGCAACAGCAGUGGCUUUAGGAUAUUCUCAUGUCCGCAACGACAUGAAUUUGCCUAUGUCUAAUAUUCGGCGAGUAACAGAUUAUACAACUGGGAUCUAUCCUCAUUAUUAUGAUUACAUGCAAUAUCUACGUUCUUAUGUAUCUUUUAACAGCAGGACACUAGAAUCAUUUAGUAAGUUUCAUGAUGCUCUUGUCAACUCGAGAGGUUUCGGACUGCUUGUAGUGCUUGACCUUGAAAACGUGCACAAACCUGCUAUGCUAUCUGUGACACUUGGAAAAUUAUUGCACCUCAAGCACCUAGGCUUGAGACGGACUUUCUUAGAUUCACUUCCAAGGUCAGUUGGUGAUCUGCCAUUCCUGGAGACUUUAGAUGUGAAGCACACUAACAUGACCACUUUGCCAAGUUCUAUUUGGAAGGCAAAGAACCUUCAACAUCUCUACCUGAACGAGAAUAAUUUUGAUAUCUCCUUUAAAAAGGCAUACAUUAGGUCUGAAAUCAUCCUUCAGACCUUGUCAGGGCUGUUUGUAGGCAAUAAGAGUGUUGUGAAGAGUUACUCAUACACGAUACUUGGCCUGAGAAAAUUGAGAUUGACAUUUUAUUCAAAGUUGGCAGAAGGAAUAGCUGACUGGAUAUCAAAAUUGAAGGAUCUUCAGUCCCUAAAAUUGAGAUCAAUUGAGGAAUUUAAUAGGCCUUCAACCCUUAAAUUGGGGUCCUUGCAAACGCACGACAACCUAUUGGAGUUGUAUCUGGUGGGACUAUUGACAGUCUCAAAUGGAGUAACUAUUGAGAGUCUAUUUCCCCCAAACCUCAAAAUUCUCACUCUGUCAGUAUCAAAGUUGGAGGAGGAUCCAAUGCCAAUCUUAGGUAAGCUUCGUCACCUAAACUGCCUCAGGCUUUUUCGUGAUUCCUAUGUAGGGAACAAUAUGAUAUGUCAUGCUGGAGAAUUUCCUCAACUUCGGGUCUUGAAACUGUGGAUGUUGGAGAAUUUGAAGACGUGGACUAUGAUGGAAGGAACCAUGCCUCACCUUAGAGAAUUAGAGAUCAGACUCUGCAGUAAUUUGGAACAAGCAGAGGGGUUACCGUCAAUGAACACCUUGAAAGACGUAUCUUUAAUUAAUAUGCCAGAUCAAUUUGUUGAAUAUGUUGAGAGUGUCCUGGUCAGUGCAUUUGUAAAAAAGAUCAAGUUUCCAUUUUUACAGCCGAAACUCACCCAGUGUCCUGGUCGAUGUAAUUUUAAUGAGUUAAAAAUCGGUUCGGCGUAAAAGUCUCUGCAUCAAAGUGAGGUUUUAGGCCAUCCAACGAGGAAUAAUCCAGUUAAAUCCCCAAAUUCCCCCGCCCCCCAAAAAAAAAAAAAAAAAACUCACAUAUUAGUUUUUAGAGGAAUCAACGGUAUACCCAAACACAUGUCGUCUGCCUCUUCUUAGCACUGAAUCUCCACGCCUCCGCUGGACUUGGUGCUGGAACUUGGAAAAUUUGCUGGAGCCACCAUGAUUGUGAUGUCGCGACCUCAAGAAGUGGUGUUGAUGAGCCAUUUGUUUUGGAUAAAAUAGAGUAACUGAGGAAUUCUGCAUAGGAAAGGAUGUAUUGUUAGAUGUUAGGCACCAACAAUUCCAGGAGAAGUGAACUACAAACAAUUUCAGUUCGAGAGAAUGGAUUAAAUGCAUACUUUUCAUGGUUAUAUCAAAAUCAUCUUCUUGUAUUUUGAGUUGUUGCAAGUUUUAUUUCAUAUGAAUGCAUUUUAAAUUAUAAAAUUUCCAAAAUGAGUUGUGAUGGGUUUUA